GGCCCGGUUCGGCCGGGGGCGGCUGGAACCGGUCUGUGGCCGCGUGCGUCCCACUUCCCCCCCCCCACCCCCACCCCCACCCCCACCCCCCCCCGGGCUCGGCGCGAGAGCGGCCGUUGGCGGCGGUUGGCGCUGAGGUGCUUGGGGAGGGGGGGGGGCAGCGCCCUCAGAGCUGGUUCCUAACGCACAGUGUCUCUUCUACGCUGUGCAUAACUAUAGGGAAUCGUCAAGUUCUAUUUUUCUAUUUAUUUUUUUUAUAUUCUGUUCCGCGUGGUUGAGCCCUUGUCAGUCGCGUGUUCAUAAUGAACGUUUCGCCGAAGAAAUAAAUCCAGCGGAGGCUGUUUCGGUGUUCUUGCGAAUGCACCCCAACCCAUUUCCUGUCUUUUUUUCAAGAACUUUGUGUGAAAAACUGCUCUAGCACAGCUGAGGCAACACAGGCUCUUGUCCGUGCUGCCUGCACAGGAAUUGGAGAAAUGCUGCAAACCUUCAAGUUUUUGUUGCUUAGAACCAAGCAGAUUUUUUUGGUCACCCAGCAUGCCAGUGAAGGAUCUUGUGUUUGAUUCCCAGAGCUGGCUUGGCCUUGUAAGCAGCUGGCUAACUAGAUACUGAAAUUAGCAUCUUCAAGAUAUUUCACUAUUACUGUAAACAAAACUGACACUGUUUUGUUUUGGAAGCAGCACUCGGGCUUUGACUCUGCUGACGUUGAGAAGGAGGCAUGUUGGUAAUAUUCCUGCCUUUGGACCAGAGCAGUGUGUCCGAAUCUCAUGUGCCAGUUUGUUUUCUGUCCGGUGCUAAUGCUGCAAUGCAGCAGGAGCGAGCUGCUGACUUUGUGGCCGUCCUUUCCAGUGCAGUCAGGGUGAGGGGAGGGCGUUUGGGGGCGGAAGAUCCGCCUGGUGGCUCAGCUGGAGAUGAGGGAGGUGAUGCUGUAAUACUGUUUCUAAAAAUUCUCCUCCGGUUGCCAGACAGUGUCCUGACAAUUCAGAGUGUCCUCUGACAUUGCUCUAAAACCCAGGUGUUGCUAACCAGGUAGGAGUGCUCAUCUGCAAAACUCUUCGUGUGUUGUUUUCAGGAGGAUGCUGAAGAAUAGCACAGGGAGACAGCCAGAAGUUAUGGGCUGCCAAAGCCCAUUUUAAAUGUCUUACAGUAAAACUUUGGGAUCAAAGUUAGUCAUAACAGAGGAGAUUUCAGCUUUCCUAAGACAAAAGUUCUGCAAAUAUGACCUCAUCUCAAGUCACUUUUGAAGUAAGAGGACCAUCAGCACCAGGAGAAGUAUUUGCAAUAUGUGGGAGCUGCAGUGCUUUGGGAAACUGGAAUCCACAAGCUGCAGUAGUCCUCCAAACUGAUGAUUGUGAAUUAUGGAAAGCUACUGUAGAGCUUCUUAGAGGAGUUCCCGUUAAGUAUCGGUAUUUUAAAGGGUACUUCUUAGAACCUAAGACUAUCGAUGGUCCCUGCGAAGUCAUAGUUCACACGUGGGAGACUCAUCUACAACCACGAUCAAUUACCCCUUUAGAAAAUGAAAUGACCAUUGACGAUGGAUACUUUGGAAUCCAUAAUGGCAUUGAAACUGUGGAUGCUGGGUGGCUGACCUGUCAAACAGAAAUCAGAUUGCGUCUGCAUUAUUCUGAGAAACCCCCUGUAGUGAUAACAAAGAAGAAAUUUAAAACAUCAAGGUUUAGAGUAAAAUUGACUCUAGAAGGCCUGGAGAAAGAUGAGGAUGAUGAAGAGGGCCAAGAAAAAACAUCCCCUACAGUUCCUCAGAAAAUGGCAAACACUGUGGAGUUCUCCUUAAUAACCAACAAUGAAUAUAAAUGCCGACACUCUCAACCAGACUGUGGUUAUGCUUUGCAGCCCGAUCGAUGGAUAGAAUACACUAUACAAACCAUGGAGCCUGAUAACUUGGAAUUAAUCUUUGAUUUUUUCGAGGAAGAUUUAGGUGAGAAAGUACUGCAAGAUGAUGAGCUUCCAGGUCAUGUAGGUUCUGCCUGCCUCCUGUCAUCCACAAUUGCAGAAUUUGGAAAGAGUGCUGGAAUUCUUACACUUGCUAUCAUGGGCAGAAAUCCGAGGAAGACAAUUGGAAAAGUUCGAGUGGACUACAUAAUUAUUAAGCCAAUCCAGGGAUACACUUGCGAUAUGAAGGCCUCAUAUGCAAAAUACUGGAAACCAAGAACAACUCUAGAUGUUGGACACAGGGGAGCAGGAAAUUCUACAACAACAGCUAAACUUGCUAAAGUUCAAGAGAACACUAUCGCUUCUCUGAGGAAUGCUGCAAGUCAUGGAGCAGCAUAUGUGGAAUUCGAUGUACACCUUUCUAAAGAUCAUGUGCCUAUUGUCUACCAUGAUCUCACAUGUUGCAUGGCAAUGAAAAAGAAACUGGAUACAGAGCCUUUGGAGUUGUUUGAGAUUGCAGUCAAAGAGCUCACAUUUGAUCAACUGCAGUUAUUGAAGUUGGCUCAUGUGACUGCCCUGAAAGUUAAAGAUCACAAUGCAUCUUUUAAAGAAGAAGAAAAUUCUGCUUAUGAGACCCAGCCGUUUCCUUCUCUGCAGAGAGUCCUGGAGUCAGUUUCUGAAGAUGUUGGCUUCAACAUAGAAAUAAAAUGGAUCUGCCAACAAAGGGAUGGACAGUGGGAUGGCAACUUGUCAACUUACUUUGAUAUGAACCUCUUUCUAGAUAUUAUUCUAAAAACGAUUCUGAUGAAUGCUGGAAGAAGAAGAAUUGUUUUUUCUUCUUUUAAUGCCGAUAUUUGUACAAUGGUCCGGCAUAAGCAAAACAAGUAUCCUGUGUUAUUUCUCACCCAAGGAGAAUCUAAGCUCUAUCCAGAACUUAUGGAUCUCAGAUCUCGUACAACUCCAAUUGCCAUUACUUUUGCACAGUUUGAAAACUUGCUGGGAGUUAAUGUGCAUUCUGAAGACCUGCUGAGGAAUCCAUCAUUCAUUAAAAGAGCCAAAUCUAAAGGCUUAGUUAUUUUCUCGUGGGGAGAUGAUGCAAAUGACCCAGAUAACAGGAAGAAGUUGAGAGAAUAUGGUGUUCAUGGGCUAAUAUAUGACAGGAUAUAUGACUCAAAUCCCGAACAACCAAAUAUAUUCCAAGUAGAGCAACUGGAACGUCUAAAGAAGGAAUUACCAGAGCUGAAAAGCUGUGUGUGUCCCACAGUUAGCCACUUCAAAUCCAUAUCUCCAUGUAAAUGUCAUCAUAGUUGCCUGGAAGAGAAAACUGUAGAUAACUUGCAGAGUGUUCAAAUGCAAAAGGACUGAUUCUAGGCAGAAUGCUGUUUUGUAUCUGUUUAACUUCGACCAUUGGAACAGUGCUCUCCAUGCCUUGACUGUUUGUUUGUUUAAGUCUCCCAAAUAGCAAUAACUGUGUUCCUCCUUCCUGACAAUACUUGCUAAAGUUUCAAACAAUGUUAAAAUAUUCAGCCAGUUAUAGUUGUUGCAGUUUACAUACACAGUUUUAAGUUUCCCAUAAUCAAAUCUCAAAUUUUGAAGCAGUAAAUUUAGUAUUAACACUAAGUGUGUUUUAAAAAAAAAAAUUAAGCACUCUAAGGAGUGGAAGUUAAAAAACUAAAUUGUAGAGAAAUUACAAUGACCUGAUGGUGAAAAUGCUUUAAAAAAAAAGUUUUGAUUUUGAUUUUACUUCAGUAGUACAGCUCAUCAGCCUGUACAUGACACCAGGAAAUUACGAGUGAUUGUAAGGUACGUAAAAUUAGAUCUAGCCCGAAUAAAUCGGUACCUCUAUCUGUAUAUGUAUUUGCACUGAUAGAUCCACCUGUAUAAAGCUUUGUGCCAUUUAAAAAAAACUCUACACUUUUAAGUAAAUUACAGCGCAUAUUAACUCAUUUUUCCCCCUUCAUGGACAUUUAGGCUGCUGCCAUUGUUUUCUGAUUUGCCAACUGAGUGGUACGGUGUCUGUGUUUAGUAGUGAGGGGUGAACCACAAGUAUGAAUAUUUUUUCAUUAGUCUCACACAAGCCUGCUAAACUUUAGGAAUGUUGCUCAUAAUUUUAAUAUUAACAGAAUUACAGAAACACCUGUCAGUGGCUGAGAAUCUUUUUUGCACAGUAACUUUAAUAAACGAAAUAUGUACCAUGCACAAACUCUAGAAAAUGCAUGCUUUAGUUUUUAAGCAUGAAAUUUAGGUGUUUGCUGAGGUCCUUGCAUCUUUACGGUGCUAGUUAUAUGUGAAGGGUGCAAGGACUAACUAAACUACUUAACCUUCUUUGCCUAAAACCACAAGCCUGUUAUUCACAAACAUUUGGAAAAAAAAAAAGGCUAUACCAUACAUGGUUUGUCUUUCUUACAUAAUAUAAGCCACUAGCUUUUGUAUUUUGCAAGAUCUGAUUUUUUUUUUUUUUUUUGGAGCAAGAAUUACAACUGUACUGAAUUCAGAUAAUCUGUAUGCUGUUGGCUGAUACCUAUCCUUUGUAAUUUAUUAUGAAGUCAUAGUUUAGAAUUCUUAAUAGAUAUAUGCAUGUCCUUUUUCCUCCUGAAGUUGCAGGUCAUGCCAACACAACAGCUGUAACUUUCUACUGAAGUGUUAAUGUAUAAUAAGAAUGAAAAAUAUUUAUUUUUUUCUCUUGUAAAUUGACAAUGAAAACAAUAGUGUGUACUAUAUUCUUUAUAUACAGUCAUUGCUACUUAGAACUGAUUGUACAAAGAGUAAAGCCAUUACAGAUACAUGCUUGAGCCUGCACCACUGAGCAGUUUGGAACAAACAGCUUGUUUCAAUUUGCCUUGUACAUUUUAGUAUUUAAAGUUUGUCCUGCACAAACAGCACAGUCAUGAUUAGGUAUCUGGAAGCUGUCUUUUAUUAAAAAAA